CGGCAUUGGCGGCGUGGAUGAGGAGCUAGCUAGGAGGUGCGCGCGCGGACGGUGGCGGCGGUUGCAUGCAGGCAGGCCGGCAGCCAUGUAUUUCGCCAGGCUCGAUGACUCGCCCAUGUUCCGGACGCAGAUACAAUCACUUGAAGAAAGUUCUGAAAUUCUGAGAGAGAGGUGUUUGAAGUUUCAUAAAGGUUGCCGAAAGUACACUGAAGGACUAGGGGAAGCAUAUGAUGGAGACAUUGCAUUUGCAAGCUCACUUGAAACAUUUGGAGGAGGCCACAAUGACCCAAUCAGUGUGGCUUUUGGUGGUCCUGUUAUGAACAAAUUUACAAUUGCCCUGAGAGAAAUAGGAACAUAUAAGGAAGUCCUGCGCUCCCAGGUUGAGCACAUGCUAAAUGACAGAUUACUGAAUUUUGUAGAUGUUGAUUUGCAUGACGUUAAGGAUGCCCGGAAGCGUUUCGACAAGGCUAGCCUCGUGUAUGACCAGGUUCGUGAGAGAUACUUAUCUUUGAAGAAAGGUACAAGAGCAGACAUAACAAUUGCCAUUGAAGAAGAGCUCCACAGUGCAAGAUCUUCAUUCGAGCAAGCUCGUUUCAACCUGGUCACCGCGAUUUCACAUAUUGAGGCAAAGAAGAGAUUUGAAUUUUUGGAAGCUGUUAGUGCGACGAUGGAUUCACAUCUCCGAUAUUUCAAACAAGGAUAUGAACUAUUGCAUCAGAUGGAACCAUAUAUUAAUCAGGUUCUUGCUUAUUCGCAGCAAUCGAGAGAAAGGGCAAACAAGGAACAAGCUUCUCUUGUAGAGAGGAUGCAUGAGUACAAAAAGCAGAUAGAUCGUGAAAGUCGCUCAUCUGCAAAUUGUUUGAAUGAUUCCCAUAAUGUUGAUGGCAUACAAACAAUCGGCAGAAGUUCACAUAAAAUGAUUGAAGCAGUGAUGCAGUCAUCCUCAAAAGGCAAGGUUCAGACCAUUCGUCAAGGUUAUCUCUCAAAGAGAUCAUCAAACUUAAGAGGCGACUGGAAAAGAAGGUUUUUUGUUCUUGAUAGUCGUGGAAUGCUGUACUAUUAUCGCAAGCAAAUUACUAGGCCACCUGGUGUUUGUCCGCCCCAAAGACCCAACAACACCCCUGAACAUGGUUCUGGGCUGCUGAGCAGAUUGUUCUCUUCUCAUUACCAUGGUAUUGUACAUGAUGAGAAAUCUGUUGCACGGCAUACAGUAAAUUUGCUGACAUCAACCAUUAAAGUCGACGCAGAACAAUCAGAUCUGAGGUUCUGCUUCAGAAUUAUUUCACCCAUGAAGAUCUACACGUUGCAGGCAGAGAGUGCUAUGGAUCAGAUGGAUUGGAUCGAAAAAAUUACUGGUGUCAUUGCAUCUUUGCUGAGCUCACAAUCCCCCGAACAGUGUAUGCAGAGCCCUAGGAGCUGUGGCCAUGAUCGGAGCGCGAGUGAGAGUAGCUCCUAUAGUAGUUCAGCAGAACUUGAAACUUCCACAAGUGAAGAUUUAACACUGGAAAAGAACACUGGAAAUGGGCAUCAUGAUGUCAGAAGCGCACAUCAUCACAGGACCAAUAUCAAACCUGAAAAACCAAUUGACUUGCUCAGGAGGGUUGAUGGUAAUACUAUUUGUGCUGAUUGUGGUGCUUCGGAACCUGAUUGGGCGUCGUUAAACCUUGGUGCUCUUCUGUGCAUAGAGUGUUCUGGGGUACACAGAAAUCUUGGAGUGCAUAUAUCAAAGGUAAGAUCGCUGACUCUCGAUGUCAGAGUCUGGGAGCCAUCUGUAAUCAAUCUCUUUCAAUCAUUAGGCAACAUGUUUGUCAACAGAGUUUGGGAAGAAACAUUAAAUUCAUCAAGCAUUGCCUAUUCUGGUGAAUUAAGUAUUAAUGGACCGCAUACAGCACAAUACUUCACUGUCAGCAAGCCUAAACACUCAGAUCCUUUCUCUGCCAAAGAGAAGUUUAUUCAUGCCAAGUAUGCUGACAAGGAAUUUGUACGGAGGCAUAGCAUCGAUGAGAUUCACGUUGCUCAGCAGAUGUGGGAUAAUGUAACUGUAAAUGACAAGAAAGGUGUAUACAGUCUCAUCGUGGCAUCACACGCCAAUGUAAAUCUAGUUUACGGACAGAUGGCUUCUGGUUUGUUUCUGAAUCUCGGAAAGGCUCUUCUACAAGAGCAGCCAGCUUCACCACCUGAUGGAAGCCCUAGAUUUUUCGACUGUGAUUCACAAGAGAAGGCUUCUCCUAAAGAGCUGAUUUCUCGUGCCACAAGUUCACAUGUAGAUGACAUGGAUGAUAGAUAUGAAGGUUUCUCCUUGCUUCAUCUUGCAUGCCGUGUUGCAGAUGUAGGGAUGGUUGAACUACUUUUGCAGUAUGGUGCUAGUGUAAAUGCGUCUGAUUCAAGAGGGCGGACACCCCUUCAUCACUGUAUUCUAAGGGGAAGACAUCUGCAGGCUAAGCUUCUGCUUUCCAGGGGAGCAAACUCACAUGCCACAGACAGAGAUGGCAGAUCAGCAUUGCAGUAUGCAAUGGACCGUUCCACGAGCGAUGAAGACAUGCUUAUGUUGUUAGAGGAGCACUUCAGAUAGUCCAGCAGGCACGCUUUCGCUUAAGGAGUAUGUCGCCCAGCAAAAGAACUCAUAUUACGCUGUGGUGUCGUCGAGUAACUCAGCUCUCCAGGCCCUUACAGUUCCCUGGAUUGUCUUGCUGACAGUCCGAAGCUUGUGGCAUGAAAGGAACCUAUUAUUCUGGAGACCCUGCAACAUGACUGAUGUGCCCGCUCCAUGUUAAUGCUCUUCUCCGGGAUUUAUCUAUCCAUCUCGCAAACAGUCUGGUCAAUGUUUGCAGAUGGUGCGUAGUAAUUUUUGUAGAGUUGCUUCUCUUUAUUUCCUUCAUCUUUCCAGGUAGAGGACCAUUUGAUGAGCCCUGUGAUGAAAGAUGAUUGUACAUAUCUCCAUGUGCCAUUGUGAUUUAUGGAACAUGAACUGCUCGACACGCUCUAGUUAGUUGUCACACUCAUUUGACACUUCCUGAGGUUGCUGAAGAAUUGGCCUUAAGCCAACAGCUAGCACUUGUGCGUAUCAUGUAUGUUGCUCUUUCUUCUAGGCAGUUAGCCGAAAAGUAACAUUUCUGUGUAAAAAGCUCAUGUGCCAUUCUUGCAAUCACUGUAUAAAAAUCUAUAGAUGGGAGAGUGAUCUUCUGUAAACCUGUAAAAGUUUUCAAUAUUAUGUUCGUUUUGAUGACGAAUUUUA